AUGCAAAGCAGCGAAAGAACGAUUAUAGCAAUAGCGACUUCCGACUCACCAACUUCUGAACCGUUUGUUCAAAGACCUUCUGGACGGGAAUUUGAUCCGAAGUAUAGGGAUUCAUGCUGGGCGCGAGCUUGGAGGUUGAAAUGGGGUUCACCGGAUCGCUCGUUGGAUAAACGAGCAGAGGAUGCGUGGCGCCUGGCUUCGAUUAUGAAGGCGAGGCGUGGACUUUCGGUGCCUUUAGCGACUAAUGAUUGA